CGGUGUGGGCGGAGCGGCGGGCCGAGGGCGGGGCCGUGUGGAGGAGGAAGCAGGCCAGGCCGGGCGGCGGCUCACCAGGGCGAACCAUGGACAGCCAGGGCAGGAAGGUGGUGGUGUGCGACAACGGCACUGGGUUUGUGAAGUGUGGAUAUGCAGGCUCUAACUUUCCAGAACACAUCUUCCCAGCUUUGGUUGGAAGACCUAUUAUCAGAUCAACCACCAAAGUGGGAAACAUUGAAAUCAAGGAUCUUAUGGUUGGUGAUGAGGCAAGUGAGCUGCGCUCCAUGCUGGAAGUGAACUACCCAAUGGAGAAUGGCAUUGUGCGGAACUGGGAUGACAUGAAGCACCUGUGGGACUACACAUUUGGACCAGAGAAACUCAAUAUAGACACCAGAAACUGCAAGAUUUUACUUACAGAACCUCCCAUGAAUCCAACCAAAAACAGAGAGAAGAUUGUAGAGGUAAUGUUUGAAACUUACCAAUUUUCUGGUGUGUAUGUAGCCAUCCAGGCAGUUCUGACUUUGUAUGCUCAAGGGUUACUGACUGGUGUAGUAGUGGACUCUGGAGAUGGUGUCACUCAUAUUUGCCCAGUAUAUGAAGGCUUUUCUCUCCCUCACCUUACAAGAAGACUGGAUAUUGCUGGGAGGGAUAUUACCAGGUAUCUUAUCAAGCUGCUGCUGUUGAGAGGAUAUGCCUUCAACCAUUCUGCUGAUUUUGAGACAGUCCGCAUGAUUAAAGAAAAACUUUGUUAUGUGGGUUAUAAUAUUGAACAAGAGCAGAAGCUGGCCUUAGAGACCACAGUGUUAGUUGAGUCAUAUACACUUCCAGAUGGACGUAUUAUUAAGGUUGGAGGAGAAAGAUUUGAAGCACCAGAAGCUUUAUUUCAGCCUCAUUUGAUCAAUGUUGAGGGGGUUGGUGUUGCUGAAUUGCUUUUUAACACAAUCCAGGCAGCUGACAUUGAUACCAGAUCUGAAUUUUACAAGCACAUUGUGCUUUCUGGAGGUUCUACCAUGUAUCCUGGCCUGCCAUCCAGGUUGGAACGAGAGCUUAAGCAGCUUUACUUAGAACGAGUUCUGAAAGGAGAUGUGGAAAAACUUUCAAAAUUUAAGAUCCGAAUUGAAGACCCGCCCCGCAGGAAGCACAUGGUGUUCUUGGGCGGCGCAGUCCUAGCAGACAUCAUGAAAGACAAAGACAACUUUUGGAUGACCAGACAAGAGUACCAAGAAAAGGGUGUCCGUGUGCUGGAGAAACUUGGUGUGACUGUUCGAUAAAAUGGCAGGCUUGUCCCCAUCAUGCCUCUAAUGCUUUUUCUUUUUCCCUUUUUAAAAAAAAUAAUUCUUUAUUGCCAAUCUUUGAACUCACUCAACUCCAGGACUGAAAGCGGCCUCUCUGUCCCUUCUGACAGGGAGGUCAGGAUUUUUCUCUGUCUUGGGGAAGCACUGCUAAAUUCUUGUUAAUAUGGGUAGACCUGGUUGUUUAAGGCAACCAGUUCUCUGCAGACAUGACCAAGGGCAAAGGGUUGCUGCUGCUUUGUUUCUUUCUAUGUAGGCAUUUAGAUCAUUCUUGUAGGCUUCCAAUUUUUGCUUUAUUGCUCUAAUGCUGCUAGUUUUAGUUUUAGCACUGUAGGUGGUAUGUCUUUAUUAGCAUAAGAAAAAACUUUCACAGGAGCUUUUACGUAUUCUGGGUGGGGGUGGUAAGGGGUGGGUGGGCAGCCCUGAGCCCUUGAGGGCCUUUCCUCUGUAGUGUUAGCUUUCAGCAGUUAACUGCAAUGCUUUUUAAGUACCCUGAAGCAUCUCCUAUUAACAUCUUAGGGAAAUAUUAAGCUCAGAACUAAGGUGUUUGGGGUAGGUUUUUAUGUGACGGGAUAAAUGGGUGGUCUUUCUAUUGUAAUUUUUGAGGUUUUCUGCUCCUGGGUACAAAAGAUGAAUGAACCUCAUUUACAGUACUUUGACUGGGUAGGGUUUUCUUCUUUCGGUCUGCCUGGAACUGUUUCCAUAUGACAGAAAAAAAGCAAGCCUAGUGUUCUAUUACCAUGAGGCCUAGGGAUUGUUGGUUCCUUAAGUCAGUCUAUCAACUGGGAGGAUAUUUCCUACACUCAGUAAAAAAGUAACAUUUUAAAGGAAAUGCUUCUGCUAGGUCCAAUUAUAGAUAGAAAAUCACUCUAGGGCCAGCAUUUUCUAAAUGCUGUUGUUUUUUCUGGAAGCAUUGAGGUAAUGAUACCAACCAAGUUGGAUUCUUGAAAGUUGUACUUUUAUGUUCCUGAUCAGUUCUUCUUGACAAAAGCAACUGUACAGAGAAGUAAUUCAUGGCCAUGGGUUAAUUAUAAUUGUUGUAUUAAUAUUAACAUUGGGACCUGGUGCCAGUUGUUUUGUUUUGUCUUUUCAUGAGACCUGGGACUAAAAUUUUAGCAACAACAACCACAAUAGAAAAUUUACCAGUAGUCCACCAUGUGUGUACAGUCAUGGAGGCUACUUCCCAGCCCUCUUUGUUCUUGCAGGAAGAGUGUUUGCAGACCUGUCAGGAAAUCCUACUUAGGAGUCCUAUUGGUAUUGUUUGUCAACUCAGAAAGAAGCAGAUGGUACCCAAGUGUGAGGUCCUUCUAACAUUGAAAAGUGAAAAGAGAAGCUGUAACACAGAAAAUACAAAAUGAUGAUUCUGAGAGAAAUAUUUUCCUUCAUUUCAAAAUAUUCUUUACUAAUGAUGAAUUUGAAAGAAUGGCAUUUUUCCUUUUUUCUUUCUUUUUGGAUGCUUAAAAUCAGAAUUUUUAAUGGAUUUCUUUUUUAGGUAACUUUAAAAUUAGUUUAUAUGAAAUCAGCAGCAAAAGGAAGUUUGUCUUAAUAAUGCAACUUCUGUGAUAUUAAGUAUUUUUGCCUGUUUUACCUCAAUUUGAACAAAUAGGAGAAGUCUGUGUGCAUGCUGGACAUGCUCAGUACACACAACAGCCCGCCGGUGCUGGCUGGUCAGUGUUGGGUGCGUGACUCAGAGUCACAUUGGAAUUCCUAAGCGUUCCUAAAUCAUGUUGUCAAAUUCUCCAGUCUCGGGAGUCUUGGGCCCAUUACAGGACACCUGCUGUAUAUAGGACUGGUACCAAGGACUAUUGAGUGUAGAAAAAACGAUCGACCCUUGGCUUGACCAUGGCUUUAAUAAAGGGUGGAAAACAAGAAAGAAUAGGGUGGAAUCUUGAAUAAAACAGUGAAAGAGCAUUAUUCUUUGUACCUUGAAUGUAGAAUUUGUUUUUAUUUCAUAAUUCUGAUAGCAAACAUGACUGUUAAAAUGAUGUAUUUAUAUAUGUAAUAAUUUAGAAAUUCCAUUUUAUAGUUUUCCUAUUCUAAGGUGAAAUAAUGAAUUUAAUAAUUUGGGAGUUGGGACAUACUGUAUUCUAUUGGCGGUGUCAGGUUUGAGUCCUUCAAAAAUAAAAAAAGAAAUCUGUUUUUUAAAAGAUCUGAUUUUUAGCUCUUGAAACCCAUCGUCACUUAGAUUUCCAAUGCUAAUUAAAAUUCUUUUAUUUUUAAAUUAAAAUUGCCAAUGCCUUGAGAGACUUCUUAGAAAAUGUGGUAUUGGGUAUUAACUUUCACAUUCUGAGCACUGUUAGUAUCUAUCUGGCAAGUAUUGGAAAGAUCAAUGGAAAGCUAAAUAUUCUAAAUUUAACACAAAUAUACUUCCUUUUGAUUAAGAAAAUAAAUAAGAUUUUUCAAAGUAA